AUGUUAAGAGUCCCCAUUAGGGCAGAUCCAGAGACCAAACUUUUAUACUACCAAUGCAACUACAGCCCCAGCAGCAACGCAACCGGCUUUGAACAAAUUUUGAACGCCGCGCUGGCAUCUGUGGUGAAAGAAGUUGGUGCAUCUGGAUUUGCUACAGCAGACGAGGAGGCAUCUACAGAGACAGCAACAGAUUCAGUAUUCGUUCUUGCGCAGUGCAGAAAGGAUAAAUCCCCUGCCGAUUGCGUCGAUUGCAUAAAGGUUGCAGGGAACCAAGCACGCAGCUGCGCCUCAGAGUCCUGCAAAGCAUACUACGACGGCUGUUAUCUGCGUUACGAGAAUUACAAUUUUUCUGAUACAUACACUGAUGCCACACAUAGAGCCCUCUGCGGCCAAGCCAACGCCCCUGAUUCCAGUUCAUUUUCGGCAACAGGUCGAACUUUGAUAAGUGAUCUUUGCACUGCAACUCCACGAAUAAAGGAUUAUUUUGCGGCGGAUACGAGACAAGGGCCGUCUAAUACGACAAUCUAUGGACUUGCCUUCUGUCUGAGUUCCAUUCAAAGGAGUUCCUGCCAAGAUUGCCUAAAGAUUGCUCAGGAUAACAUAAUUAAGUGUUUUCCUCACUCCGAUGGACGGGCUAUAGACGCUGGCUGCUACUUGCGAUACGAUUCCAAACCCUUUUUUCCAAGCAACGCGACUAUCUAUUUGACACCAUUCCUACCCACAGAGAAGGAGGCGGCGAGUUCUGUAAAGUCGAUAAUAAUUGGUGUCGUAGGAGGGGGAUUCCUAGUUUGCCUUAUAACUUGUCUCCUCCUCCUCCGGAAGCAGAUGAUGCAAAAAGGGCAGAAAAAAGUGGUGGAUAUUCAAGGAGCAUCGGAACUGCGCGGACCUGAAGAUUUUGACUUCAAGGCACUGAAAAAGGCGACUAACAAUUUCGAUAAAGCAAAUAAGCUCGGAGAAGGAGGGUUUGGUGAAGUAUUUAAGGGUACGUUGAAAACUGGCAAAGUUGUGGCGGUUAAAAAACUGACAUUAGGUCGUUCUGCUUUCGCAACUUCUGAAUUCGAAAGCGAAGUGAAACUCAUUUCUAAUGUUCAUCACAGAAAUCUUGUGCGUUUACUUGGAUGUUGCAGACAAGGACAAGAAAGACUGCUGAUUUAUGAGUACAUGCCGAAUAGCAGUCUUGACAGAAUAUUAUAUGGAAAAAAAAAAAAACUUUUGAGUUGGAAGGAAAGGUUCAACAUUAUCCUGGGCACUGCUCGUGGUCUGGCUUAUCUACAUGAGGAAUUCCAUGUUUGUAUCAUCCAUCGUGAUAUUAAAUCCAGCAAUAUAUUACUUGACGACAACUUUCAGGCAAAAAUAGCAGAUUUUGGUCUGGCAAGACUUCUUCCAAAUGAUAAAAGUCAUAUUAGCACAAGAUUUGCAGGAACCUUAGGAUACACGGCUCCUGAAUACGCUACCCGUGGGAAAUUAACAGAGAAAGUUGACACCUAUAGCUUUGGUGUCGUUGUUCUUGAAAUUGUCAGUGGUAGAAAAUGCAUUGACUUGAAGCAACCACCUCAUAUGCAAUAUCUGCUUCAAUGGGUUUGGAGCCUAUACGAAGAUAACAAGGUUUUAGAAGUGGUGGAAAGUGGAAACCAGAUGGAAGGGUAUAGUGAGGAAGAUUGAUUUUCAAAAACCUCUGUCAG